CAAUGUGCGUCUUCUUCACUGCCACAUUCCCCGCCUGAGCCCUAAACUGAAACGAACUGGCCCUAUAAUUUUAUUCGUGCUCAAUUAGGGCGAAAAUACGUUCAUCGUAUUUAUAGGCUAAACACAUUCGUGUAAUUAAUAAGAUUUCUUCCUGGAGGAAGAAAAGUCAGCCGAGCAAAUACAUUUUAACAUUGGGCCUUACCGCUGGUUGUCCCACGUGCUUUCACGAACCAAUCCCACUCGGCUCCAUCACUAUCACCAUGGCAACAGAGGAGAAGAAACCAGAAACAGAGGCCACUAAAACGUCAUCUGCAUCUGCCAGCCAGAGUAAGUCGGCACCAGUCAAGCCCAACUACACCCUGAAAUUCACCUUAGCCGGCCACACAAAAGCAGUUUCAUCUGUCAAGUUCAGUCCCAGUGGAGAGUGGCUCGCCAGUUCAUCUGCUGACAAACUGAUAAAAAUUUGGGGAGCUUACGAUGGAAAGUUUGAGAAAACAAUAUCGGGACACAAACUUGGGAUCUCAGAUGUCGCCUGGUCCUCAGACUCCAACCUCCUGGUUUCAGCAUCUGACGACAAGACUCUAAAGAUCUGGGACGUCAGCUCGGGGAAAUGUUUGAAGACAUUGAAAGGCCACAGCAACUAUGUCUUCUGCUGCAACUUUAAUCCCCAGUCCAAUCUCAUCGUGUCUGGAUCAUUUGACGAGAGUGUGCGGAUAUGGGAUGUUAAAACCGGCAAAUGCUUGAAGACCCUGCCGGCCCACUCUGACCCAGUCUCUGCAGUCCAUUUCAACAGAGAUGGCUCAUUGAUUGUGUCUAGCAGCUACGAUGGCCUCUGCCGAAUCUGGGACACAGCAUCGGGACAAUGUCUGAAAACACUAAUUGAUGAUGACAACCCCCCGGUGUCAUUUGUGAAGUUCUCACCAAACGGCAAAUACAUCCUGGCUGCCACAUUGGACAACACCCUGAAGCUUUGGGACUACAGCAAAGGAAAGUGCUUGAAAACAUACACCGGCCACAAAAACGAAAAGUACUGCAUAUUUGCAAAUUUCUCGGUCACCGGUGGAAAGUGGAUUGUCUCUGGCUCGGAGGACAACAUGGUGUACAUCUGGAACCUGCAGACCAAGGAGAUCGUACAGAAACUACAGGGUCAUACAGAUGUGGUGAUUUCUACUGCCUGCCACCCCACAGAGAACAUCAUUGCGUCUGCGGCGCUAGAAAACGACAAAACCAUCAAACUGUGGAGGAGCGACUGCUAAGCCCCCGUGCGUGCUUAUUGUAUUUUCAUUUUAUUGUACUUUUCAUUUGACUGUUUUUAGCUGGACCCGAAUGCCUUGAGGACUGAGCCUCAACUAGAAGAAGAAAAGGAACGCAAGUCCAGAACAUCACCACACACCUACCCUUCACCCAGAACCAGAACCAGAGCAAACCCCAACUCAACCACCACAACCACACACCUACCCUUCACCCAGAACCAGAACCAGAGCAAACCCCAACUCAACCACCACAACCACACACCUACCCUUCACCCAGAACCAGAGCAAACCCCAACUCAACCACCACAACCACACACCUACCCUUCACCCAGAACCAGAACCAGAGCAAACACCACAACCACACACCUACCCUUCACCCAGAACCAGAACCAGAGCAAACCCCAACUCAACCACCACAACCACACACCUACCCUUCACCCAGAACCAGAACCAGAGCAAACCCCAACUCAACCACCACAA